CCGGAACACAUCCGAGCAUGAUGUACUUAGAGCUUGUCAACUGGCCCCAGUCUGUCCUUCCUUCUCCUCAUCUUUUAAGCAGGCAAGUCGCGCGCCGAGACGCAAACCAAGCCAGAAGACAUCAUGACAGAGUUCCACGGACAGCCAUUGGGCACGCACAUCCCUGACGACUUGACUAUCGCCCAGUUCAUUCUCGACGCGGAACAUCCGAUUCGUGCACAACGGCCAGCGGGUGCUCCAUGGUUGAUUGACGAUGCAUCUGGCAGGAAGGUUGGCUUUGAGGAGAUACGCACCAGGACCUUUGGACUCGCGAAUGCACUGAGCAGACGCUUCAACACCAGGGAAGAUGAUGUAGUCUGUAUCUACAGCCCCAAUGACGUUGACUAUCCUCCUGCUGUAUGGGCUACACAUAGGCUUGGAGCCAUUGUCUCCGCUGCAAACCCUGGCUACACCUUAGAGGAGCUUGUUUACCAGUUGGAGGUUGCGAAAGCUUCGGUCAUCAUCACUCACCCCGUCUCUGUCAAAGUCGCACUCGGCGCUGCACAACGCGUCGGUUUGCCUGCAGAGCGAGUGGUCGUGUUUGGGAGCGAGCCUGUGUCGCAGUGCACUACGGUUGACGAGCUCGUCAAGGAAGGACUCGUACAUCCACCCAACUUCGCGGAGAGGAAGCUGAAGAAGGGCGAGGCCAAGACGAAACUUGCGUUUCUCAACUUCUCAAGUGGGACUACUGGCCGACCGAAGGCGGUGAUGAUCAGUCACUAUGGGCCCAUUGCGAACGUGAUCCAAACCGCAGUGCACAGCGAGAUACAUAAGACAGAUAAACCUUGGGAAGAGCGGCGGUUCAGGCCUGGUGAUGUCUCUGCUGCAGCGCUUCCAUUGUACCACAUAUACGGUCUUGUGGUGGUGCUUCAUUUCAUGCUUUUCAGCGGACUUUCCCUCGUCGUUGUACCUAAGUUCAACUUCAAGAACUUCUUGGAUAGUAUCGUAAAGUACAGAAUCACCCACCUCUGUGUCGUUCCUCCCCAGGUUGUUCUUUUGUGCAAACAACCCAUAGUGAAGAAUUACGACCUGAGUCAUGUCCGUUUCAUCAACUGCGGCGCGGCGCCCCUCUCAGGCGAGCUGAUGAUGAAGCUUGCGUCUGAUUUCCCUAAGGCACAUAUCGGUCAAGGCUAUGGCUUGACAGAGUCAGCGACGACUCUUUCCAUGUUCUCCACUGAGACGAAGUUUGGUGUUAUCAAUAGCUCUGGGCGGCUGCUGCCUGGCGUUACGGCUCGGGUUGUGAGGCCGGAUGGCACCAGUGCGGGUCGAAACGAGACCGGCGAGUUGUGGGUAAAAGCACCUUCUCUUGCGUUGGGGUACUUGAACAACGAAAAGGCGACAAAAGAGACGUUUGGGGAAGGCUGGCUUCGUACUGGAGACGAAGUACGGAUAGAUGACAAAAACGAGGUGUUCAUCGUUGACAGAAUCAAGGAACUCAUCAAGGUUCGCGGGUUCCAGGUGGCACCCGCCGAACUUGAGGGCACCCUCUUGAUGCACCCAGACAUUCAAGACGCAUGUGUGGUGCCCGUUGCGGACGAUUACAGCGGCGAGGUGCCGCUCGCAUUCGUCGUUCUCCGCCCGGAGGCUACCGCCCGCGUAGCAAAGAGUCCGUCGGAGAGAGAGAAGCUCAAGGAGACGAUCAUCAAGCAUACAGCGGAGAAUAAAGUCGCAUACAAGCGGCUUGCUGGGGGUGUCGAGUUCAUCGAUGCGAUUCCCAAGAACCCCAGCGGGAAGAUUCUGCGGAGAGUGCUCCGCGAAAGAGUGAAGGAGAUGUGGUCCAAGCCCAAGGCGAAGCUAUAGAGAUCUCUUGGUAGAGUGUUGUGGGGACGGCGCUAUUUAAGCACGAGUGCACGAGUGCCUAGACGGUGUAUGCUAUGCACGCAGUGACUUCCACCAUGUCCAGAUUAUCGCGGAUGCCAGCUUAAUGUACAACAAUGUCAACAUACCUUACUACACACAUUACGCCACUAAUGAAUCAAUAC